AUGUUUCCGCUGUCUGUCCUGCUGCCUUUCACAGUUCCGUACCCGGUGACCUGUGUGACCCGCGGAGCCGACCUGACGGAGGACGGCAUGCUGCUGUUAUGUCCUCCAGACUGCAGCCGGUGGAGAGUGUCGGUGUUCGGGACGGGUGUGUACGCCUCCGUCUCCUCCGUCUGUGGAGCCGCUCUGCACAGGAUCGUGGGGGCGUCCGGCGGUCCCGUCAGGGUUCACAGGCUGCAGGGACGACACAACUACAUGAGCUCCUACGCUCACGGCAUCCAAUCACAGGCCUUGUCCCACUGGACCGCCUCCUUCAGCCUCACCAAGCCGGUUAACGUCCCGCUGGAGCUGAGCAGUGAUACCAGCACCACGGCUCUGCCAGCAGCCGCACAGCCAGGAAAGAAGCCUCUGAAGAAGCCGUCGGUGAAGAAAGCUCUGACAGGAGGAAACAAAGACUGUCAGAUGGACAUCGCCAUGGUGAUCGACAGCAGUAACAACAUCGGGCAGCGACGCUUCAACCUGCAGAAAAGCUUUGUGGCAAAGCUGAGCUCCAUGCUGAGAGUCGGACCCACGGGACCUCAUGUAGGAGUGGUGCAGGCCAGUGAUUCUCCUAAAACUGAGUUCUUACUGACCAACUACACUCAACCUAAAGAGCUGCUGUUCGCUAUGAAGGAGCUCGCCUUCCUGGGAGGAAACACCAACACAGGAAAGGCCAUCAUGCACACAGCGGAGAGCUUCUUCACCCAGGAGAACGGGGGCCGGCGGGGGCACCCUCGGGUGAUGGUGGUGCUGGUAGACGGCUGGCCCUCAGACGACCUGGAGCAGGCGGCCAUGUUUGCCAGAGAGUCGGGCAUCAACGUGUUCCUGGUGUCUGUGGCCAAGCCGGCGGCCGAGGAGCUCGCCAUGGUGCGAGACAAGGACUUCGUCAAGAAGGCGGUUUGUAAAGAUAACGGCUUCUUCAGUUAUUCGAUCCCGAGCUGGUUCAGCACAACCAAACACGUCAAACCUCUCACUCAGAGACUCUGCUCACUGGACAGUCUGCUCUGCAGUAAAACCUGCUAUAACUCGGUCAACAUCGGGUUCCUUAUCGACGGUUCUUCCAGCGUUGGCGAGGGAAACUUCCGUCUGGUCCUCGACUUCCUGGCAGGAAUCGCCAGAAGCUUCGACAUCUCAGACGUGGGAGCUCACAUCGGGGCGGUGCAGUUCACCUACGACCAGCGACUGGAGUUCAGCCUGUUUGAUCACUCCAACAAAGACGCCGCCAUCAACGCUUUGAGGAGAAUCCCCUACAUGAGCGGAGGAACGGCCACAGGAAGCGCCAUCAGCUACACCACCCAGAACCUGUUCAGACGGACAGGACCAGGCCGUAACUACCUCAUUGUGGUGACAGACGGCCAAUCAUACGAUGACGUCAGAAUCCCGGCGCAGGCUGCACAGAAACAAGGCAUCACCAUCUUUUCGGUGGGCGUGGCCUGGGCACCGAUGGAUGACCUCAGAUCGAUGGCGUCGGAGCCGAAAGACACCCACACCUUCUUCACCAGAGAGUUCACCGGCCUCGCCGAGUUCAUCCCGUCGCUGGUCCGAGGCAUCUGCCGAGACUUCACCGAGAACAACUGA